AAGAGACGCGUGUCAUGCCCUCUUCCAGCCAGCUGUGAGGGGACUGGCCCACCACCCAGUGGGGGAGGUGUGUGUGUGUGUGUGUGAAAGAGAGAGAGAUCUCCUAAGGUGAGAGGCAGAGAGUUCGACGGGUAGGAGGGUCUCAUUCCACUCCCCAGCGCCCAGUUCCAGCACACACUCAUCCUGGACACGCUCACACACUCACACAGGCCUGCGGACGAGAGCAGGGAUUGUCGAUUGCAGGAGAAAGUGUGUGUUGUGUGGGUGAGUGUGACUGAACUGUGAGUGAUGGAUCUCUCGCAGUAGAAGGUAGAACUUGUACAGACAGGAGCUGCUGGAAUGGCAAACUGCUCAGAAACACUGCAAACUUCAGUUUGAUCAACAUGUCUGAGGCUAUUUGCUGCACGGUGGUAAACUGUAACUGUGACAGUUUCAAACCUGGUAAACUGAGGCAGCGUCUCUGUGAGCACUGCAGGCACGGCUGGGUCGCCCAUGCUCUGAGUAAGCUGAAGGUUCAUCACAUGUACCAAGGAAGCCAGGUGGAGAUUGUUCACUCCAAUGUGGUGUUUGACCUCUGUAGUCUGAUGCUUUAUGGGACUCAGGCGAUUCCAGUGCGUCUUAAGAUCUUGCUGGACCGACUCUUCAGUGUCCUUAAGCAGGAGGAGGUUAUUCAGAUCUUAAAUGCACUGGACUGGACUCUCCAGGACUACAUCCGCGGUUACGUCCUUCAGGAUGUGGCCGGUAAGGUAUUGGACCGCUGGGCCAUAAUGACCUUUGAAGAGGAGAUCCUUACGCUGCAGCAAUUCCUGCGCUUCGGAGAGACCAAGUCCAUCGUGGAGCUCAUGGCGCUGCAGGAUAAGGAGGGACAGGCAGUCGUAGUUCCAACCACAAGGACCAAUUCUGACAUCCGCAGCUUCAUCGAAAGCAGUAUGCAGCGCUCUGUGCGGCUGCCGGCUAAAGCAGAAGCACCCAGUUGCAGUAACGGUCACCAUUUUGAAACACUAGUCAACAGUAUGGCCCUCAUGCUGCCACUGCAACUGCUGAAUUCUGUUCCGGCACCAUUGCUUAGCUCCAGUACCGAUUCUAGCCACCAGGAGGCACAGACGAGACAUGAGACGUCCGAAGUGAGCCUUGAUGGCGCUGGCCCGUUUGACUCCGGCCCCAUGAUAGCAGAGGUGCUGCUGGACACCGAAUCUCCAAAGAUGGAGUCAGAAGAGUUUAACAUGAGUGGAAACUCCUCUCCCUCCUCACCUUGCACGCCCUCCAACACUUCUGAAAUCACACACAUGUCUCCUGAGAACAAGGUGCGGUGUGCAGAGAGGAUCGGAUCCUUGAAGAAGGGCCGUGUGUUCUGCAGCGCUUGCGAGAAGACCUUCUACGACAAAGGCACUCUGAAGAUACACUACAACGCCGUUCAUCUGAAGAUCAAACACAAGUGCACCAUCGAGGGCUGCAACAUGGUCUUCAGCUCCUUACGCAGUCGGAACAGGCACAGUGCGAACCCGAACCCGCGGCUGCACAUGCCCAUUAACCGCAAUAAUCGUGACAAGGACCUGCGGGGUGGUCUGAGCCCAAGGCAGGAGGAUGGAGCCGAGGGUGAGAAGAGAGACUUUGCUGCCAUCUCAGAGAGCAGGACCGUCUCAAGUUUCAUCAUCCGCAACUCAGAGCACAAGCUCCAUGGCUCUUUAUCCAGCAUGAGCCAGAGUGGCAUCCUCUUUCCCAAUCUAAAGACUGUGCAGCCCGUGCUUCCCUUUUAUCGGAGCCUGGUGACCCCGGCCGAGCUGGCUCAUACGCCAGGCAGCCUGCCCUCUCUCCCGCUUCUGUCUUCCUCGGUGCCCAUGAGCACCAGUCACAUGCAGACCGGCUCGGAGCCGGUGCCCAAGAAGAAGUCUAGAAAGUCCAGCAUGCCUAUCAAAAUCGAGAAGGACGAGCUGGCGGCGGAGGGUGUGUCCGAGGAGGAGACUCCAGCCCUUAGCCGCUGUACAGACACAGAAAAGUGCGAUGUUAGCAGCAUGGGGGACGAACCUGUGGACUGUGGCUUUCGAUUCGGCCCCGACUCACAGGACACAGAAUGGGACAAACUGACUCAGGGGGACAGUCGUAUUGUCUCACUGUCAUCUACUUCUUUCUUUCACACUAAACAGAAUGAUGAGAAAGAAAGGGAGUCAUCAAAAUGUGACGAACCAGCAUGCAGUUCGCUGCCAGACCAGCCCUGUGGCCACCGACCGGCCCAUUUCACACACAGCAGUGAAAACUUUGCAGACAGCUGCAGUGACCCAGAGACCCUAUGUCCAGAUGAUAAAGACGAGCAGGCGCACCCGUGUGAGAUCUGCAGUAAGACAUUUAAAAACCCUUACAGUGUCAAAAUGCAUUAUCGAAACGUGCACUUAAAGGAGAUGCACAUUUGCACUGUGGAUGGCUGCAAUGCUGCUUUUCCGUCCCGUCGCAGCAGAGACAGACACAGUGCAAACCUGAAUCUGCACCACAGGCUGUUGACCAAAGAUCAUUCAGGAACAUCUUCUCUCCGCAGAGAGCAUCCAGACUUCCCUCACAAAGAGCCCCUCAGCCAGAUGUUUGUCAUCCUCAAAGAGAGUCACCGUACGGGCCUCGUCUUCCCCAUGAGUAAAUCGCUGGAGAGAGCAUCUGAGCCAGUAGAGGGCGCUGUGCAGAAUGAAGCGGUGCUGGACCUGAGUACCAGAGGAAGCGCCCAUUCGUCCUGGGACUCAGACGUGGGCAGUGAGAAAGGGCUCCCUCUAGAGGACAGUGAAGAGAGCUGCGAUGGGCUGAGCAUUGGAGCGGCCGCGUCUCCACCUUGCCUCAGUCAGCAGACGAACGGCUCGUCGCCCAUCAUCUGCCAUCUCUGUCAGAAAGUUUACAGCAACAAAGGCACAUUCAGGGCUCAUUACAAAACGGUGCACCUUCGCCUUCUUCACAAGUGCAAAGUUCCAGGGUGUGACACUACAUUCUCCUCUGUUCGGAGCCGCAACAGACACAGUCAGAAUCCAAAUCUACACCGUGACCUUGCGAUGAAUACCUCCCUGAAUCAAGAGUAGGGCACACACUCAGAGCCAUAUCUCUUAAAUAUACAUAGUCAAAGAUUUACUUCUAACAAUUUGGGUUCAAUAGCACUCCGCUCUUUGCACUGCACAAUCAAGCACAACUGGAAGGACACACUCAUAUUUAUAAUAAACCCAAUGUCAUUUACCUUUUUAAUGUUGAGAUAUGUUUUUCAUCUCUAAUGUAAUAUCUACUUGACAAACAUUCCUUAUAUUUAUUGAUUUUUAAGAGCAGGACAGAUGCCUAGAAAAUGACUGAAGAAAUGACAGAGCAAAAGAUCGAAGAGACAGAGAUGCUCUCCACAUGAGUCACAUGAGAAACCACAUACAGAAUCAUUUUAAUCACCUUGAGAGAUCCUUAAAACAAUCACUGCUGUUAUACAGUAUGUUAAGCCCCUCACUCUUUAUCCAAAGCCACAUAACAAUCAUGUCUUGUUUUCCUUCUCUGCACUUAUUCAUUGAGGGGACACAUCCCUCCUCAGCAUGAGAUAGAGACAGAACAUUGACACUGCAUGACAGAGUCGACAGCAAAUGAGAGAGUGACUGUUAGAAAGAGUGAGUGAGCACUACCGAGUGCUGGUGAGAGAGUGAUGAGGACCACGAGCUGUUUGAAGGUGCAGGACUCACGUUAUCAUGUGCUGCAAUUAAUUUUCUGGUAGUAUAUUUGUGUUUGCUUGCUGUUCAGAUUUGUUUUUAUCACAAAAGAUUCAGUGAAGUUGAUAGAUUGUGUUGCUGUUUCAAUCAAUAUGCUGUUUAAAGAGACUGUUGUGGUCCUGUUGAGUAAGUUAUUGUGUGUACAUUUUAUUUUCAGGGGCCAAGCACCUGCAGUGUUGGAUCAUUUUCAUAUUCUUCUUGUGUUGGGGGAUUCUGUGACGUCCCUGGACCAAAUUUUGCUUAUGUCUCUUAAACUUUAUAGCAUCAAACAGUUAAAUCUUCACUUUUCUUUUGCUUGUAACUGUUCAACCAUGCGGCAUAGUACCACAUUUUUGUGAUAAUGUUUAUUUGGCAGGAUUCACUUUGUCUUAACACUGUCUUCUUGUCGUGAAAUCUGUCUCAUUGUCUUAGUUAUUUAAAUAUGAAUUAUUUGCGUCUCAGUCAUUUUGACGCUUAAAUAACACUUAAACAAUGUCCUAUUGAAUUGACUUGCCACUGUUGUGCUUGGCUCCUUCAUUGCUGCUUUCAGCUAUAUUGCUAUAGUUGUUAUUCAUGUGGAGACCAAAGAUUCUUAAUCCAGGACGGUGUAAAGCAGCAUGAACAACAGAAGCGUCAGACUACACACAUGGACACACCAGGGUCUUUGUGAAUGCUGUAAUGCACACAUAUGAAAGAUUCAGUUAAGAUUCAGUUUUCUAACACAUUUUCAUCAGUUUAAAGUGAUAUUGCUCUAUAAUAUGUUUAAUAUUAGUACAGUCAAAGGAUUAUACCAGUGAAGACUUAAGCUUAGGACAGCAGAUGAGGACAUACUGAUGCACAUAAAGCUGUCUGUGAAUCAGAGCUGAACAAAUCGAGUCUUACACUGGUCGAGCGAUGAGGCUCCCACAAACACACACAAACCUGUGGACGUUUAUUCUUUUAGCUUUGUUUCAUGUGUAAAAUAUUUUGUAACCUGCCCCCUCCCCACCACCAGAAGUGUACGCUGAAAUGUGAUGAGAAGGGUUGUCAGGAUUCUAAUACCAAUCUAACCCACAAUCAUUUAUUUGUGUUAACAUUAUCAGUAAAUGUUUACUUUUAUACAUAUACAUAUAGUCAAG